AUGAACAUUGAAGGUCAUGCCAGAAACUUUGAAACCCAUGAACUACCAGCAAUGUUAGAGAAGAAAGCAGACAAGAACCAUACACAUACAAGUUUUACAACUGUUGCUAUAGAAAGUAUUGAAGGAACGGUUGAAGAACCUGAUGGGGAUGUAUUAUAUUGUAAACCUCCUAACUUUCCACAAGGUUUAACAUCGGAGGAAAACAUAACGACGAUGAGAAACAUUAGAUGUAAAGAUGUUUAUGUCAUGAAGGAUGAACAUAAUAUUAAAUUCACUGCUCAAGAUUUAUAUGACAAGAAGGCUGACAAAACAGAGCUUCAAACAUUAAAGACUGAAAUACUUCAAACAUUAUAUCCUGCAGGCUCUAUUUAUACGUCAAUGAACUCAAUAAAUCCAGCAACAGUUCUGGGUUUCGGUACGUGGGAGCAGAUUGUAGAUAAAUUCUUAUACUGUGCGAACUCUUCAAAGCAAACAGGUGGUUCGAAGAAAAUUAAAGAAGCAAACCUUCCACCGCACACUCAUACAGGAACUACAAACACAACAGGUAGUCAUUCACAUUCAAUAACAAAAAGAGGUUAUACAAAUCUUGCAGCAGGUUCGGAUAGACAGGGAAUGCAUAGAUAUGAUAUUUCAAGUGACCCAGUAGAUUCAAGCACAGGUAUUUUCUGUGGAACCACAGGAAAUCAUUCACACACUUUCACAACAAAUCCAACAGGCUCGGGUGAAGAUUAUAUGCCACCAUUUGUGACUAUAUUCGCAUGGUACCGCGUUCAAUGA